AUGCACCAUCUUCAGUCGCACUCCUCUCUUGAAAAUUUGCCAGGGGAGGAGACUGUACGCAGACGAGACAAACCAGGGAAGAAGACUGUACGCAGACGAGACAAGCCAGGGAAGGAGACUGUACGCAGACGAGACAAACCAGGGAAGGAGACUGUACGCAGACGAGACAAGCCAUGGAGGGAGACUGUACGCAGACGAGACAAGCCAGGGGAGGAGACUGUACGCAGACGAGACAAGCCAGGGAAGGAGACUGUACGCAGACGAGACAAACCAGUGAAGGAGACUGUACGCAGACGAGACAAGCCAGGGAAGGAGACUGUACGCAGACGAGACAAACCAGGGAAGGAGACUGUACGCAGACGAGACAAGCCAGGGAAGGAGACUGUACGCAGACGAGACAAGCCAGGGAAGGAGACUGUACGCAGACGAGACAAGCCAGGGAAGGAGACUGUACGCAGACGAGACAAACCAGGGAAGGAGACUGUACGCAGACGAGACAAGCCAGAGGAGGAGACUGUAAGCAGACGAGACAAGUCAGGGGAGGAGACUGUACGCAGACGAGACAGUGUCUCCAUCAACAAAGAUAAUAUAAGAGUUUUUGAGAAGGAGGAACUACCACUCGCAGAAUGUGUUGUUUUAUCCCAGAGUGCAGAACUUGAAAAUUUCAAGGAUGAUAUAUCACAAGAUGAUUUUCGAAACAUAGACUGGAUAGAGGAGCAAAGGAAGGAUUAUUCCAUCAACAGAGUUUUAGAUUUACUUAAAUCAGGUUUCAGACCUAGUGAUGAUGAUUGCGCUUCAGAAAUUCCCCAAACUGUUUCCAAGCGAAGUAAGUACACUAGGAAUACAACAGAGAAGAAACAAGAAAGCGGGAAUAUCAGUACCGAUAGCGACUCAGAAUCAAGCGAUUCGGAGAGGGAUCAAAUUAGAUUUGUUUCCAAACCCGUAUCAUAUACGGAUAGAAAUGUCUUAAAAACUUCAGGUGUUAAUCACAAUACUUGUCUCAAUAGUUCAAGUGAACAUAUGGGAUCAGUCCUGAGUUCUGAUCUUAGAAAUGUCAGGAGACAUUUUCUCUAA